UGGCCAUACUUUCCCUGUCUCACCUUACCCACACCCACCUUUCCAAUUCUAUUCCCUUCGGCUUGGCAUCACUUUUCUUGAAUUUUCUUGAUUUAGAUUAGACAGGUGUCUGAUCAGUGUUCCGCUUGGAAAGAUUUUGGCUUUUGGGGUUUGGACAUGGAGAAGGUGAACUUUGUGAAGAAUGGACAGAUGAGGUUACCCCCGGGUUUCAGGUUCCACCCCACCGACGAGGAGCUGGUGGUACAGUACUUGAAGCGUAAGGUGCUCUCCCUCCCUUUGCCGGCCACCGUCAUCCCUGUCAUCGACCUCUGCAAAUCUGAUCCUUGGGAUUUGCCAGGUGAUUGGGAGCAAGAGAGGUAUUUUUUCAGUACUAGGGAGGCAAAGUAUUCGAAUGGGAACAGGUCAAACAGGGGAGCUGUUUCUGGGUACUGGAAGGCCACUGGGAUUGACAAACAGGUAGUGAGUUGUAGAGGAGGACACCAUGUUGUUGGGAUGAAGAAGACCCUUGUUUUUUACCAAGGCAAAGCCCCCCGUGGCUCCAGGACCGACUGGAUCAUGCAUGAAUAUCGCCUUGCCAAUUCCCCAAUCAACAAUAAGGACAACUGGGUGAUCUGCCGCAUAUUUUUGAAGAAGAGGGCAGGGGCGAAGACGGGAGAAGAUGGGAUCGAGAACAUGAGGGGAGUAGCACCAGCGAAUAUAGUUAACACAAUCGAACCAGUUUUCUACAAUUUCUUAGCUAGAAGAGAAAGGGCAGAUUUAAAUGUAGCUCCAGCUUCCUCCUCAUCCGGCUCCAGUGGGGUAACUGUGGUUUCGGCAUUUCAUCUAACAGAAGACGAUCACGCAGAAGAAGAAGAAGAUAGUAGCAGCUGCUGCAAUAGUAGCUUCAGGAGAAAACCUUGUUAAUUUGGAAUUUCAUCUUGUCAGAAUAAUAACCAACUUGAUGUUGUUUUUUCCACCCAAUUUCACUCUCUUCCACAUUACAGUAUUUCAAAAAAGAGAAAAGAAAAAGUGGGCAUCAAGUUAUUAAUCCCAUCUUAUUAUCAUCAUAUGUACAAAGAUGAUGUUUAAAACAAGUUUCCUUGUGCUCUGCUAAAUGGAGGAUUUCGUGACAGUAACAAAGCUUCCAUCUUUACGGCACUAACAAAGCUGGAAUUUACCGCAAAAGAAAAGCAAAAAGAGAACAAAAAAAGGAAAUUGCUGAUGAUGAUGCACAUGCUUGCACUAUUAACUUUUCUUGAAAGAGAAUACUACCUCCGUCCCUGAUUGUUCUUCCAAAUUAAAGUGGCACGGCGAUUAAGAAAGUGUGAAUUGUGUGGUGGAGAGUUGUGCAGAGGAGAGAGAAAUGAUGUGAACCACAAAUUCUUUGCCAAAAAGGGAAAGUGAAGUUCUUUUUGGGACGGACGAAAAGGGAAAGUUGGAAGUAAAUUUAGGGACGGAGGGAGUACCUUUUAGAGGAGUCGCACUAGAAUAAUAACGUAUGGUGAUGAUGAUGAUCUUUGGUAAGAUUGAUACGAUUCUUCUUUGGAAUCUUCAAAAGACCAUUUCCCCCUACAGAAUCCAGUUCCCUGACGCUCAAAUUCAUAGACCAAUUGGGUUUUGAAGGGUUUCGGAUUCUCCUCACGGCAAGUCACAUCCGUUUAGGGUUGUUUGAGAGUUGCGCGCGUUCAUUUCGUAUGGAUUUGAUGUGUUUAUGAUGAUGUAGCUGUUGUGUUAGAUCUUUUCUUUAUAAGCUUUCUCGUGAAAUAAUAGGAGAAUAAGCAUGCUACAUAAAUAAUAGGGUUGUUAGUAUUGAAAAUUUUCUAUUCAUAACUACAACAAAAUUAUAAACUCUCUCACUUAACUAUUACAAAA